AUGGCAGGACCUAAUUUAGAAUUAAUCAAAUUUGGUAUGUAUGUAUUUUUUCCAAUUGGGAUUAUGAUCCAUUAUGGUGAUCCAGAUUGGUAUAGAAAAUACGUUUUACCUGAUAAGAAUGAUUUUUUAAAAAUUAAAGAAAACGAACCAAUUCCUCCUCGUAAUAAAUUUGAACUUGAAAGAGAUUUAAAAGAACUUAAAGAUUCAAAGAACAAAAGAUUAGAGAAAAAGAUUGAUGAAGAGAAUGAAAUGAACCGGAAUCGAUUAGUUUAA